CUCUGAUAACGUCAGCCCAGCUUACCGGAGGAGGCAGAGCGGGUAUUUCAUGUUGCCAGAAUGGGCCAUCUUCGCGCCCUUAGUUUUUUGGCAUUGAUUACCUUAAGCCAGUGUUUUUUGGAUCCGUGUUUUUACAACUGUGAGGACAGGUCAUAUGACUUGACACAUCCAAUAAAUGAGGCUACCCCAGCAUACCCGGGGCUCUACUUCCUCGCGUAUGAUCAGACUCUGGCCUACGAAUUUCCGGAGCCCCAAUUUUUCUUGGCCUUCAACUACACUGUGUCUGGAUUAGGAGGCACAUCCAUCACUGCUCCAUCUGCCUUCUUCCCCAACAGUCGGCAAGUUCAUGAGAUACCCUUCCAACAGCUCAUCAGAGUUGAGGGUAGAGUGAUCGACAUCAGUGACCAAGUGAAGAUUAACCCUAACUAUGAAGCGACAGUAGACGACAUCGUCUGCAACGAGAACGAGUACGGAUGCUUCGGUCCCGGCACCGUGGUCAUCUUCUACACAGGAUGGGCGACCCGUUGGCCCAACCAGGAGCGUGUGUUUGGUCUUGAGGGUGUCCUAGGUCUGGACCUGCUGCCCAUUGACUACAACUACCCAGGCAUCUCCGAAGAGGCGGCUAGGUACCUCGCCAGUCAGCCUAAUGUGUACGGAGUGAUGAUCGACUCUCCUGGGGUGGACUCCGGUGCCGUCCCCAUCAUCGGUUUCGACAUCUACAAGUCCUCUAGGAUCCUUGCUAGAGAGAACAAGUACAUCGUCCAGAACGUCAACAUGGAGUGUACUCUUCCCAACAUCAACCUGAAGGUCUACAUUCUGCCUCUGUACGUCCUCGGAGGCACCAGCGCCCCUUGCCGCGUGUUUGCACAUGUCUGUCAGGAUCAAUGUCCUGUUCCUGCUCUCCCCCCACCACCACCUCCACCACCCCCACCACCACCACCAAUCCCUCCCCCACCACCCCCACCAGCACCCCCACAGCACGUCCACGUCUCCGGUAUCCGCAGGCUAUAAUCUCCACUAAUACCAUCCUCCCCGGUACAAAUCCCACACUCCUGACUCACUCCUGAUUCAAAUGACUAAGGUGAUUCCCUUCGUAUAUGAUAAUUAAAAAAACUUAGACAGAUAUUUUUUUAAUUAUUGUAAAUUUGUUUAAUAAAUAAAUUAGGAUAGGU